AUGGAAGCUGAACUAAGAGGCCCGAUGGAUGGUCUUACAUUGUUAAAGCAAUAUGGUCUUCAAGUCUACCCUCUGAUAAUAGAAACAGACUCUCAGAUCUUGGUUGACAUGGUCAGUCAGGCUAGCAAGCACACUUAUAGGGAAGGCAACUCAGUGGCGGACUCUUUGGCAAACGAAGGAGUGACUGAUAUGCAUACUUCAUUCUAUUCUUCUACAGAUCUCCUCCCAAUUUCUACAAAGCUACUCAUGCUUCAGGACUCUAUGCAACUAAGAGUCCUCAUAAAGAAAGUUACUUCCUCUCCUGGGAUUUUCUACGAUUAA